GAGCAGCAUCUCUCCAGCCUCCCUCUCGGUUUGGGGCGGGGGUUUUAGGGGGCCCUCCCUCGGCCUCACAAGGCGACGCGCUUCCUUUCCUUUCCCUUUCCUUUCCUUUCCUUUCCCCACAAGGCAGAACUUCUGGAGCCUCGCUGCGCGCGGCUGUUCCCUGAGUCCUCGCCGGCGAAGGCGGCCAUGGGGCAGCCGCUCGUCCUGGUCGCCCUGGGCUGGAUCGCGGUGCUGGCGCUUCCUUUGCGCGGCUUCUCCUCGCCGCGAAAUGGAUCUUCUUCCAUGAAUGACACUCGGGCAGGUCCAAGAUCCUUUCCCUUGAGAAUACAGGGAGAAGAAUAUGAACCAAUUCCACUUUUUGAUAACGAUGCUGAAAACGAUUUGGAAAUUGGGUCAGCAUCUAGCAGUCAAAGCAGAACACGGAACCUUCCAAAAUAUGUUCUAGGGAAAGAUCUGGAAGACUACCUAUGUAGUGGAUGGCUGACCCAUUUCGUUCCAGGAGUCUAUACUCUCGUUGUGUCCUUGAGUCUUCCUCUCAACAUCACAGCAAUUUUUCUGUUUUUGCUAAAAAUGAAAGUGAAAAAGCCAGCUGUAAUGUACAUGCUCAAUUUGGCUUUUGCAGACAUACUUUUUGCAAGUGUGCUUCCGUUUAGGAUCGUCUAUCAUUUUUCCGGAAACCAUUGGCCUUUUGGAUCUGCAAUGUGCCGCUUUGUGACUGCAACAUUUUACUGCAACAUGUACUGCUCCAUUCUGCUGAUGACAGUGAUCAGCAUCGAUCGUUUCUUGGCUGUGGUGUAUCCAAUGCAAUCUCUGUCCUGGCGCACCCUAAGGCGUGCCUCUGUGGCUUGUGUUGCCAUCUGGCUCGUAUCUAUUGCUGGAGUGGUUCCUUUGUUUAUCACUGAGCAAACAAAGAACAUACUUCCUCUAAACAUAACAACUUGUCACGAUGUACUGAAUGAAAGUGACCUCCAAGCGUACUACCGUAUCUUUUUCACUAUUUUCUUUUCUCUUUUCUUUUUUGUGCCAUUAAUUGUUUGCAGCGUUUGCUAUGUUUGUAUCAUCUGGUGCCUUAGCUCUUCAAACAUCGCUGUAAAAUCGGGUAAAAGGACACGAGCUUUGUUGCUGUCUGUGGCUGUUUUAUCCAUUUUUAUUAUAUGUUUUGGCCCAACUAAUCUUCUCUUGCUAGUUCAUUAUGCACAUUUUGCUUACAGCAAUUACACGGGUAAUAUAUAUUUUGCUUAUCUUCUCUGUGUCUGCAUUAGCAGUGUAAGUUGUUGUAUUGACCCUUUGAUCUAUUAUUACGCCUCCUCUGAAUGUCAGCGUAAGUUGAGCAAUUUAUUACGUUGCAGAAAGGACUCUGAACUCUGCAGCCUUACUUCGGAUAAUCCUCUAGGCAGCAGAACAAGCCAAAGGGCUACUGGCACCAGUACAAUUGAUAACAGUCUCUAUCGAAAAUUACUAGCAUAGAAACAUUUUUGCUGUUUCUGGUAUAUGUACCUCCAUUUUAUAAAAUACUGUUGUGAGGACAUAAACACCCUUUAUCAUUCUGUUUUAUUAACAUAAAAUCUGUCACUAUAAGAAUUGCAGUAAAUGGAGAAAACUUUGGGAGACUGUAAGUAGUGUGUCUGUACAUACAUACAUCUUUAUUUAAGGCAAAAAUGGAACACAAAUUUGUAAAAUGCUGUUAAACUUAAACCUUGUCUUUCCUAAGACCUACUUGUAGGAUCAUGUUGCUACAUUUUUACACAGAGGUUGGCUGUGUAGUGGAGUGGAGUGGUACUCACUCUGUGAGAUAUGAGCCAGAACGAUCCAAGCAGUCUCUCAUCAAGUAUGGUUUUUCUCCCACCACAUCAGCACUAUAUUACCGUAUAUACUCGAGUAUAAGCCGAGUUUUUCAGCACGUUUUUUGUGCUGAAAAACGUCCCCUCGGCUUAUACUCGAGUAUAUACGGCUUAUACUCGAGUUUUUUUUUUUUCCUUUUUUUCACAUUAUACCGGCCGGCGCGAACUUGGCGGGCUUUUGCUUUAGCGCGGGGAAGCCCUGCCGGUGCAGUGAGAGGCGGGCGGGAGCCGCCAGCCUUCUCGGCCGAGGAGGAGGGUUUCGCCGACCGGUAGGUGCCUCAUUUCCCACCCUCGGCUUAUACUCGAGUCCCCAGUUUACCCCAGUUUUUGGGGUAAAAUUGGGGACCUCGGCUUAUACUCGGAUCGGCUUAUAUUCGAGUAUAUACGGUAUAUUAUAUUAAGCAUCAAAAACAAUUUGGGAGGCAUACAGGUUAAUGAAAAAAAUGCAUCAAUGGGAGCCAUGGAACAAUUCUUUCUUUGUGAUUUCACAUAAUUUCAAAAAGGCCAAGCCACUGUUUGCAUAGCCCUCUUAUUUUAUGGGCAUAGUGCUUUCCUGGGUUCUAGGUUAAAUGUUGAGAAUUCGUGUGCAUAGAUUUUAGGACACAGUAAAGUCAAACGUCAAUAAACCUUAGAUCUACACUUGUUGAGUAAGUAAAGCACUAUUGUCCUAUAUUAUUUUUAUAUGAAUGUGUAUGCAUAUAUGCAUGUAUGUUAAAUACACAUACAUAUUCAAACCUAUUACUUUGUAAUUUUUUGCUCUAUUAAAGCUGUACAAAUGUUGAUGAGCAGAGAUAUUUUACAUUUUAUUUUUGAAAAUUGAAUUACACUCAAUAAAUACGCAAAUUGUC